GUGGGCGGAGCGAGGCCAGGGUAGGGUGAGCGGCCUCCCGAGCGGAGCGGGGCUCUGAGGAGACACUUUUUUUUUUUUUUCCUCCCUCCUUCCCUCCUCUCCUCCUCCCUUCCCUUCCCCUCUCCUCCCCUCUCUCCUCCUUCCCCCCUCGGUCCGCCGGAGCCUGCUGGGGCGAGCGGUUGGUAUUGCAGGCGCUUACUCUCCGGGGCCGCCCGGCGGGUAGCUGGCGGGGGGAGGAGGCAGGAACCGCGAUGGCGCCUCAGAAGCACGGCGGUGGGGGAGGGGGCGGCUCGGGGCCCAGCGCGGGGUCCGGGGGAGGCGGCUUCGGGGGUUCGGCGGCGGUGGCGGCGGCGGCGACGGCUUCGGGCGGCAAAUCCGGCGGCGGGGGCUGUGGAGGCGGCGGCAGUUAUUCGGCCUCCUCCUCCUCCUCCGCGGCGGCAGCGGCGGGGGCCGCGGUGUUACCGGUGAAGAAGCCGAAAAUGGAGCACGUCCAGGCUGACCACGAGCUUUUCCUCCAGGCCUUUGAGAAGCCAACACAGAUCUAUAGAUUUCUUCGAACUCGGAAUCUCAUAGCGCCAAUAUUUUUGCACAGAACUCUUACUUACAUGUCUCAUCGAAACUCCAGAACAAACAUCAAAAGGAAAACAUUUAAAGUUGAUGAUAUGUUAUCAAAAGUAGAGAAAAUGAAAGGAGAGCAAGAAUCUCAUAGCUUGUCAGCUCAUUUGCAGCUUACAUUUACUGGCUUCUUCCACAAAAAUGAUAAGCCAUCACAAAACUCAGAAAAUGAACAAAAUUCUGUUACCCUGGAAGUCCUGCUUGUGAAAGUUUGUCACAAAAAAAGAAAGGAUGUAAGUUGUCCAAUAAGGCAAGUUCCCACAGGUAAAAAGCAGGUGCCUUUGAAUCCUGACCUCAAUCAAACAAAACCUGGAAAUUUCCCGUCCCUUGCAGUUUCCAGUAAUGAAUUUGAACCUAGUAACAGCCAUAUGGUGAAGUCUUACUCAUUGCUGUUUAGAGUGACUCGUCCAGGAAGAAGAGAAUUUAAUGGAAUGAUUAAUGGAGAAACCAAUGAAAAUAUUGAUGUCAAUGAAGAGCUUCCAGCCAGAAGAAAACGAAAUCGUGAGGAUGGUGAAAAGACAUUUGUUGCACAAAUGACAGUAUUUGAUAAAAACAGGCGCUUACAGCUUUUAGAUGGGGAAUAUGAAGUAGCCAUGCAGGAAAUGGAAGAAUGUCCAAUAAGCAAGAAAAGAGCAACAUGGGAGACUAUUCUUGAUGGGAAGAGGCUGCCUCCAUUUGAAACAUUUUCUCAGGGACCUACGUUGCAGUUUACUCUUCGCUGGACAGGAGAGACAAAUGAUAAAUCUACAGCUCCUAUUGCCAAACCUCUUGCCACUAGAAAUUCAGAGGGUCUCCAUCAGGAAAACAAGCCUGGUUCAGUUAAACCUACUCAACCUAUUGCUGUUAAAGAAUCAUUGACUACAGAUCUACAAACAAGAAAAGAAAAGGAUACUCCAAAUGAAAACCGACAAAAAUUAAGAAUAUUUUAUCAGUUUCUUUAUAACAACAAUACUAGACAACAAACUGAAGCAAGAGAUGACCUACAUUGCCCUUGGUGCACUCUGAAUUGCCGCAAACUUUAUAGUUUACUCAAGCAUCUUAAACUCUGCCAUAGCAGAUUUAUCUUCAAUUAUGUUUAUCAUCCAAAAGGUGCUAGGAUAGAUGUUUCUAUCAAUGAGUGUUAUGAUGGCUCCUAUGCAGGAAAUCCUCAGGAUAUUCAUCGCCAACCUGGAUUUGCUUUUAGUCGCAAUGGACCAGUUAAGAGAACACCUAUCACACACAUUCUUGUGUGCAGGCCAAAACGAACAAAAGCAAGCAUGUCUGAAUUUCUUGAAUCUGAAGAUGGAGAAGUAGAACAGCAAAGAACAUAUAGUAGUGGCCACAAUCGUCUGUAUUUCCAUAGUGAUACCUGCUUACCUCUCCGUCCACAAGAAAUGGAAGUAGAUAGUGAAGAUGAAAAAGAUCCUGAAUGGCUAAGAGAAAAAACCAUUACACAAAUUGAAGAAUUUUCUGAUGUUAACGAAGGAGAGAAAGAAGUAAUGAAACUCUGGAAUCUCCAUGUCAUGAAGCAUGGGUUUAUUGCUGACAAUCAAAUGAAUCAUGCCUGUAUGCUGUUUGUAGAAAAUUAUGGACAGAAAAUAAUUAAGAAGAAUUUAUGUCGAAACUUCAUGCUUCAUCUAGUCAGCAUGCAUGACUUUAAUCUUAUUAGCAUAAUGUCAAUAGAUAAAGCUGUUACCAAGCUCCGUGAAAUGCAGCAAAAAUUAGAAAAGGGCGAAUCUGCUUCCCCUGCAAACGAAGAAGUAACUGAAGAACAAAACGGGACGGCAAAUGGAUUUAGUGAAAUUAAUUCAAAAGAGAAAGCUUUGGAAACAGAUAGUGUCUCAGGGGUUUCAAAACAGAGCAAAAAACAAAAACUCUGAAAAGAUCUAACCCCAUAUUAUGGACAGACACUGAAACUGCAUUUUAGGGAAUUCAUCCUCCAAGAAGAAUUAUGUUUUUGUUUUUAAUCAUAGGUUCCAAACAGGCACUGUUAGAUGAAGUAAAUGAUUUCAACAAGGAUAUUUGUAUCAAGGUUCUACUUCAUUAUGCAGCAUUAUAUGUAUAUCAGUUUUUUUGAUGUCUUGAAACAUUCUGUAAUUUAAGCAUGAAAAGCAAUAUUUCAAAGAAAGUGUUUUUACAUUCAGUUAUCAAAUAUGUUGAAUUGGUACUCUAGAAAUUAUUUCAUAUAUUUAAAUUAGAAUGUUUUUUGCAUUUAUGACUGGCUGUUUUUCUACUUAGUAAUUGUGAGACAGUUUAUUGGGGAGGGAAAAUUGGAAUGGUUCCCUUUUAGAAAUUGAAGUCUUCAGGUAUCAACUACAAAAAAGGAGAAAAAUAGAAAUUGAAGGAUUUUUUUUUUUUUUCCUGAGACAGAGUUUUGCUCGUUACCCAGGCUGGAGUGCGAUGGUGCAAUCUUGGCUCACCACAACCUCCGCCUCCUGGGUUCAGGCAGUUCUCCUGCCUCAGCCUCCUGAAUAGCUGGGAUUACAGGCAUACGCCACCAUGCCCAGCUAACUUUUUGUAUUUUGAGUAGAGACAGGGUUUCACCAUGUUGUCCAGGAUGGUAUCGAUCUCUUGACCUCGUGAUCCACCCGCCUCGGCCUCCCAAAGUGCUGGGAUUACAGGCUUGAGCCAUUGCACCUGGCGAAAUUGAAGGAUUUUUAUGAAAUUAUAUUGUAUUACUAUUUGCAAUCAAACUUUAAUCCUUGUUUUUGAAAUCAUUUAUCAAUUUGGAAUUAAAAAUUAUAAUGUAGGAUAUUUUAUAUUACAUAAAUUCAUUUCACAAUUUAAAAAUAGCACUUCUUCAUCUUAUGCCUGUUUGAGAAGAUACUGAUUUUUCACAUUGUUGACAGUGAAACGCUAAGUUGGUUUAUGAGAUUACUUACCAUUUGUUUUCAUGUGGAUAAUUUUAGUGCAUUGCUCACCCAGGAUGUUUUUUUUUUAAACUUGAACAUUUUGCUUUUUUUUUUUUAAUUUGAUAAUCAGAUGGAAAAUAAAGCUGUUCGUAUCUUUAAAUUAGGAUUGCAAACCAAGAGAAGAACAUGUCUGAGAUUUUAAGAUGUCACUUAUAAAGGGGAGAAGUGUUUUAUAAGAGUGAACCAGAAAACUGUUAUACCUUUUAUUUCUUUGCAAGGAUGUCUUUGUAAUGUGUUUCAUAAAUAGAAUAUCCAAUGCAGAUAAGCUGACUUGAAUCAUUUUGAGCAAUUUUGCCCUGUGUUAUAUGUGUUUCACGCACAUAUUUGCAGUUGGAUUUUCUCCAACAGAAAGUGGUUUCACUACUGGCACAUUAACAAGCACCAAUAGGUUUUUAUUCCAACUCCGAGCACUGUGGUUGAGUAACAUCACCUCAAUUUUUUAUUAUCCUUAAAGAUAGUGCAUUUUCAUAUUCUUUAUUUAUAAAGGAUCAAUGCUGCUGUAAAUACAGGUAUUUUUAAUUUUAAAAUUUCAUUCCACCACCAUCAGAUGCAGUUCCCUAUUUUGUUUAAUGAAGGGAUAUAUAAGCUUUCUAAUGGUGUCUUCAGAAAUUUAUAAAAUGUAAAUACUGAUUUGAUUGGUCUUUAAGAUGUGUUUAACUGUGAGGCUAUUUAACGAAUAGUGUGGAUGUGAUUUGUCAUCCAGUAUUAAGUUCUUAGUCACUGAUUUUUGUGUUAAAAAAAAAAAUAGGAAAGAGGGAAACUGCAGCUUUCAUUACAGAUUCCUUGAUUUGUAAGCUCUCCAAAUGAUGAGUUCUAAUAAACUCUGAUUUUGCCUCUGGAUAGUAGAUCUCGAGCAUUUAUCUCGGGCUUUAAUUUGCUAAAGCUGUGCACAUAUGUAAAAAACAAAAUAGGUUAUUUUAGGGGAGAUGUAGGUGUAGAAUUAUUGCUUAUGUCAUUUCUUAAGCAGUUAUGCUCUUAAUGCUUAAAAGAAGGCUAGCAUUGUUUGCACAAAAAGUUGGUGAUUCCCUCCCCCAAAUAGUAAUAAAAUUACUUCUGUUGAGUAAACUUUUUAUGUCAUCGUAAAAGCUGAAAAAAAUCCCUUUGUUUCUAUUUAUAAAAAAAAAAAGCUUUUCUAUAUGUACCCUUGAUAAGAUUUUGAAGAAAUCAUGUAAGAUGAUAAAGCAUUUGAAUGGUACAGUAGAUGUAAAAAAAAUUCAGUUUAAAAGAACAUUGUUUUUACAUUAAAUGUUUAUUUGAAAUCAAAUGAUUUUGUACAUAAAGUUCAAUAAUAUAAAA